AUGACAACCUGGAGACAGGGGAACCUCUCAGCAGUCCUGUGGCAGGAGUUUGUGCUGGUGGGAUUCCCGGGAGAAGCGGCAACCCAGGCCCUGCUCUUUACCGUGUUCCUGACACUGUACAUGGUGACCGUCAUGGGCAACCUCACCAUGAUCAUAGUUGUCACCCUGGAUGCCCGCCUGCACUCCCCCAUGUACUUCUUCCUCAAGAACCUGUCCUUCCUGGACCUCUGCUACUCGUCUGUCAUCGCCCCCAAAGCCCUGGCUAGCUUCUUCUCCUCCAAGGUCAUCACAUUUGCAGGAUGCACCACUCAGCUCUGCUUUUUCUCCCUGUCUGCUACCACGGAGGCCUUCUUGCUGGCUGUGAUGGCCUAUGACCGCUUCGUGGCCAUCUGCAGCCCCCUGCGCUACCCCGUGACUAUGUCCUCUACAAUGUGUGCCCGCCUUGUGCUGGGCUGCUACUGCGGAGGCUGCCUCAACUCCAUCGUGCAGACCAGCCUCACGUUCCAGCUCCCCUUCUGCGGCUCCAACCGCAUCGAUCACUUCUUCUGUGACGUGCCGCCCCUGCUGCAGCUGGCCUGUGCCGACACAGCUCUCAAUGAGCUUUUCUUGUUUGGCAUCUGUGGCUUCAUCAUUGUGAGCACUGUAUUAGUGAUCCUGGUGUCCUACGGCUAUAUCACAGUGACCAUCCUCAGGAUGCGCUCAGGACUGGGGAGAGCGAAGAUCUUCUCCACCUGUGGGUCUCACAUGACAGCCGUGUCCCUGUUUUAUGGGACAGUGUUUGUCAUGUACGCACAGCCAGGAGCUGUGGAGUCCAUGGAGCAGGGCAAGGUGGUGUCCAUCUUCUACACCCAGGUCAUCCCGAUGCUCAACCCCCUCAUCUACAGUCUGCGGAACAAGGAUGUGAAGGACGCCCUGCGGAGGCUGGGGCAGAGAUGGGCAGCCCUGUGA